AUGGCGGUCCGCGCGCAAUUCGAGAACUCCAACGAAGUCGGCGUCUUCUCCACCCUCACCAACUCGUACGCGCUCGUCGCGGUCGGCGCGUCGGAGAACUUCUACUCCGUCUUCGAGGCGGAGCUGCAGGACGUGGUGCCCAUCUGCCACGCGACCAUCGCGGGCACGCGCAUCGUGGGGCGGCUGACGGCGGGGAACCGCAAGGGCCUGCUGGUGCCGACGUCGACGACGGACCAGGAGCUGCAGCACCUGCGCAACAGCAUCCCGGACGCGGUCAAGAUCCAGCGCAUCGAGGAGCGCCUGUCGGCCCUCGGCAACGUCAUCUGCUGCAACGACCACGUCGCCCUCGUCCACCCGGACAUCGAGCGCGAGACCGAGGAGAUCGUCGCGGAUGUGCUCGGCGUCGAGGUCUUUCGCCAGACGGUCGCGGACAACGUGCUCGUCGGGAGCUAUAUGAGCUUGAGCAAUCAGGGCGGCAUCGUGCAUCCGAAGACGAGCAUCCAGGACCAGGACGAGCUGUCGAGCUUGCUGCAGGUCCCGCUCGUGGCGGGCAGCGUCAACAGGGGCUCGCCGGUCGUUGGUGCUGGCAUGGUCGUGAACGAUUGGAUGGCUGUUACUGGACUCGACACCACGGCGACAGAGCUUUCGGUCAUCGAAUCCGUCUUCCGCCUCGGCGAGGGCAUGGGUCCUGGCGCCAUCAACACCACCAACAAGGAGACAAUGGUUGAGUCCUUCUACUAA